AUGGCGGACGCGAUAGGCUCGUCCGCUAACAUUUUUCAAGGUCUCUGGACAGACUGGUCCAAGGGUAGGAUCUGGGGCCUCACCUGGACUCUACGCCCCACGAAUGCCACCAUUCUGACCAACGCCAUGGCCUUGUUCGUCAGUAUAGCUGGAAUGCAACUCUGGUGCAUCAUUAGAUAUUCGCUUCACCAAAUGCGUCCAUCAUCUCGGCAAGGGAUGCCGACUCCCCACCUUCGGAGCGAACAAGUCAUACUAAGAAAUGCAAGCUCCGAUCUCGAAACAGCCCGGCGGAUGCUUUGUUUGGCAUUUACAUCUCGAAAACAGAGCACAGGCAGGCCGUCUUUGCGAUCAUACUCUAUCGGACUCUUUGCUAUCUUUUAUGCUGGCCUCUUUAUGACAGCCGCAACAUUCUCCAAUCUGGCGAUAAGUGCUAAAGCGACAAACGGUGGUUCGACAGUCCUUUCGAGAAGCAAACAAUGUGGGAUGUUGAACGAGAGUUGGGUCAACAUCACGAACGGCUAUUACUCAACUAGGGAAGAGUAUGGCUUGUACGUGCAGCAUGCCGCCAAGAGAGCACAUGAUGUUCAGCUCAGUCUCGAGUACGCGCUUGCAUGCUACUUGUCCCAGCCCUCCACCGAUCUCUCGUCGACCUGCCACACCUUCAAGACUCCAAAGCUCCUCUGGCAGACUCUCAAUGGCUCUUGCCCUUUUGACGCGCAACUUUGUCAGAAAGGGACCAGGGCUGUUGUCCUCGAAACUGAUUAUAUCGAUUCACACGAUGAUCUUGGUAUUAAUGCGGAACCUCACGACCGGCUGAGAUACCGAAGGAAGACGACAUGCGCAGUCGUCAACGGAACGGGCCACAUCAGAGGGUGGGACGGUGCCCGGGGCAACGGCUCAAGCUCGAAGUCGUCAACGGAGACCGCUUAUGCAUACUACGGCCCUUCUCUCUACAAGGACACAGAUUUCACCUACUCUUACUCGGAUUUUGCAUCGUUCUACACAAAUUUCAGUGCCCAGGUUACCUUGCCAUAUCAGAUCGACGUUGAAUCAGCCCCUGGCUUGGCUGAUCCGCAAUGGAGCCAAAGCGACUUCGAUCCAAUUCCUGGUCUAGUGCAGGACGAAGCAGACUUGGUUUUACUCUUUCUGAGCUUCACAGGAACGUACUUGGGGAAGGUCGACGAUCCUUGGUUUGCAGCUCAUAGGGAGCAAUCCUUCGAGGCCUCGUAUGACUUUUUCGAGCAGCGAUAUGCACGCGAUUUAGCUAUUAGCACUCUAGGGUGCGCCGAACAGCACGAAUUCUGCCUCAGCAAUGACACAUGUACAGGGUUGCUUGGAUUUGACCAAGUUCAGAACGUCUAUCCUUUCAAUGGCUCACUGUCCCCACAUCAGGCUGUCACCUUUGACCGGUUGCUUCGUGCUGUCGGCCCUGCAAGUAUCUGGAACAUUGUGUUUCAGCUCACAUUCACAGCGACGCCGCUCCUUGCCACCAAUGCGACCAAUUCAGGACUGAGUGGAAGACUGGUAUCGCUGCAGCUGCCCAACGAUCAGUUCGAAAGGGAGCUUGGGUAUUGGCACUCGAUUGCAAUGGCACAGCUUCAACGUGGCAUCGUUCAAUGGGCGACGGGCCAGAUCGCUGAUGAACCACAAUACCUUGUCCCUGCUGAGAAAGAGGACGAUGUUUGGUUCUGCAAUAGUCUCAUCGUGCCGUCCACCUUAUAUAAGUCAUUUUCUCUUGUCGCGAUCGUCCUAUUGAUCGCUUCCGGGACUUUAGUGAUUGUGGUCAGCCUUACUAUCGAGCAGUUGGCAGUCUCCAUCCGAAAGUGCUUGGGAAGGGGAUCUCCGCGCAACGACUGGGAGCAGGACAACAUGCUCGAGCUUCAGCCCUCUGUGAGCGAAAAAUUCUGGGCGAGUCAAGGUGCAACCGGUGAUGACAACUGCAGUCCAGUGGAUGCAGGUCACGAGAGUUUCGAAAAAAAGGAGCUAAGGAAGCAUCGGAUUUCCUCGCAAGUGCUUUCAUUGAAUGAUCCUGCUUUCUCAUAUAUGAAUGGCCUUUUGAUAGCGCGGAGUGACGGUGGUCAAGCCAAGGAGAAGCCACCGCCUCAUUGA